AUGCCAUUAGGUUUUGUCCCCGAAACCCUACAAAAUCCUGAGUUUUGCUUACAGCGACGCCUCACACCGUCAAACGCAGCUGUUCUUUCAAUCGCCCAGGGCGAAGUAAUUGUAAAGAUGGAGAAGGGAGGGGCCAUUGUUCCGGAAUCUGUACUGAAGAAACAGAAGAGGAGUGAGGAAUGGGCAUUGGUGAAAAAGCAGGACCUUGAGUCUGCUAAGAAGAAUAAGGCUGAUCAACGCAAGCUGAUCUACAACAAAGCCAAACUGUACGCAAAGGAGUACGAGCAACAGGUGUCUUAUUCUUUCGCUGGUCUUCCAUGA